CGCGCUGGCCAUGGUUUCCUUUGCGCGCUUGGCGCUGCUGAUCCUGAGCUUGGCGCUGCCUUGCGCCCGCGGCUCCUGGACCGAAGCCAACACGGCCUGCCCCACCAGGGCCACCGGGGGCCGCUCCCGGCUCCUGAGCUUCCUCUGGCUGCGCCCCGACGGCUCCCCCUCCACGGUCCUGGUCCAGAGCCUUUGGGAUCCGCGCAGCGGGCAGCUGCUGGAGUGCGCCCUGAGGACCGAGCCCGACUUAACCCGCCGCUACCUGGAGCUCUGCGCCCCCGGAGGGCUCCGCGACCCUUUAGUCCGCGCUUCCUGGGGGCCCGGGCUGCGCAGAGAGCUGGACGCUUUGGAUGCGCGCAAGGGAGCCUGCAAAGGAGCUGCAGAGGGAAAACGGGAAGGGCAGGCGAGGCCCCGGAGCCGGCGAGGAUGGACGGUGCCCGGCACGCUUUGGUGCGGAGCCGGGCACACGGCUGAGAAGCCCUCGGAGCUGGGGGUUUUCCAAGGCCCGGAUGUGUGUUGUCGUGAGCACGACAAGUGCGACGCCCACAUCUCUGCUCUCGGGUUCAAGUACGGCAUGCGUAACUAUCGGCUGCACACCAUUUCUCACUGCAGCUGCGAUAACAGGUUCAGGGAUUGCCUGAAGAACCUCAACGAUACCAUCUCCAACUUCAUCGGGAACAGUUUCUUCAACCUGCUGGAAAUCCCAUGUUUCAACCUGAAAGAGAGUGAGGACUGCCUUGAAUGGCACUGGUGGGGCGGGUGUAAGAAGUAUGGCAUGAUGCCCCUGGCUCAUUUGGUUGAUCCAAGUCCAUAUCAGCCCAUCGGGAACGCCGACGUUAUUACCACAUCACCCCUCCACUCUAGAAAGCAUCGAAAAUUCGGCUCGAAAGAUGGAAAAAUACGGAGAAAGAAGGUGAAGAAACCGAGCUCCGAGCUCCAGGAUCCCAUCAUCCCACUCACCCCAAUCUCCAAGAUGAAUCAAGCCACUCACCUCCCAGGAAGAAGCUCUCCAGGUGAGGUGACUGUGCCAAAGUCACAAACUACGUUGGAGCCUGGUCCCAUCAAGACGGAUGGUGAGAUUCUCGCCGCACGUCACCCGGUUGUCCUUCCUGCGGAAGAAGCCUCCUCCAACGAGACACGGCAGAGACAUGUCGGACACGGCCAGGUUUCCAAGCCAAGACCAGGCCUGUCGCGGAGAUGCCGCUGCUACCAACGGCUGGACCAGUGCCCCUUCCAGAUUGGCCCCCACGAGUUCAAGUACCAGCUCCACAAUUCAGAUGAUCGCACCCUUUUCCACUGUAACUGCACCCGCCGGUUGGCCCGGUUCCUGCGCAGGAGGAAGGGUCCCAACGAAGUGGAGGAGCAAGUCCUGUCUCACUAUAUCGCCCCUUCCUGUUUUGUCCUGGAGACCCUCCCAGGCUGCAGGAUGGGAGACGAAAGCUGGCCCAACUGCGUUGGCAUCGGCAAAGCCGUCCUGGCUCCGGCUCGCCACCUCACCAACCGGCUGACGGGCAAACGGGCGAGGGGCUCUUUCAAAGUGAAGCGCCAAGAAGGGGCAUCCCUGGAGGGAGCCACCCAGCUGUUUGACAAGUGUGUGCGGCUGGUGCGAGCCGCCACCCUCCGGCCGAUGCCACGCUGAGCUGCGGCACACACGAGAGAGGGCCAAGCCCAGGAAGUGGACACUGUGAAACCGAGCUGUUUCUCCCGGCCCCCCACGUGCGUUCCCUGCCUUUUGGCCGGAAGCAGGUGCCCAGUGUGGACGACACAACUGCUGGAAUUGGACAAUGCCAGCUGGCCACCACCUGCUGUAAGGAAUUGGCUUCAGCAGACCCUGGACUCUCAAAACUCUGGGGCACGGGGGCUGCGGAGGUGACUGAUGGUACUGAGCCCAAAUGAAAGGGACAGAGAGAGAGGUUGAAGCCACAAGCAGAGGUGAUGUCCAGGUGAUGUCCCUCACCUCUCAAAGCAGACGGCCUGACCAAGACUCCUCUUGCUGUGAGGGGCAGGGGUUUUCCGCCCCACCCCUCCCCACCCAUGUUCUCCUUGCAAGGCAGGCAACCUGUAAUGUAUUUGGGGAAGGGAGGAUGUCGUGGGGCCGUGAACAAUGUCGCAAUAACAUGUUUUCUAAACGUGGCUUGAGAUCUUCUUGGUUUGGGGGG